CAGGUUAAAUGAUACUGUCGUGGCGCACUACUUUUCUCCCCUCUCGUCUCAGAACGCUGCGCGCCGAUGUUUGCAGGUCGGCGUUCGGCUAUUGGUCGAAGUAAAGCUCGGUGGUGGGGAUAUGGAGGCACCGCGUCACGAAGCGAGGCCGAGGAACUGCGAGGUGCAUGUAUCAAUGCGCAAUCGCAUCUGAACGAUUGACGGAGUCGGGGAGGUCCGAGGAAUAAACAGAGUGGCGAGACCGCGCGACCGAUAGAGAGAGGGGGUAGAGAGGAGGAAGACAGGAGAGAGAGAGCAAACUCGAAAGAGAGAGACGGGAGAGAAGGAAAGGGAUAGAUAGAUAGAGAAAGAGAGAGAGAGAGAAAGAGAAAUAGAAAGAGAGAGAUAGAGAUAGAAGGAACAAGCAGCGAGACGAUCACGAUGCACAGAGGCGAGCACAAGCGAGCAGAGGCACAGGGCUGAGGGCUGAGGGCUCAACAGGGCCUUCUACGACGAUUUACGGAAUCUGGCCUGAAUCAGCCAGCAACGAUGGAACAAACGAAAACUCCCGUCUCACGGCUACUCACUACAACCUGCAUCGAGAACAAGGACGACCUGGAGGAGAAAUUUGAAAGAUGCUAUGCCGUACUUCAAAAUCUGACUACAGGCCUUUCGGAAAAAGAAGCACAUGAUACGCUGAACAAUGCAGUAUGCAAAGACAAAACGCACGAAGAAGUUUCCUUGGGAUUGGUAGUUGUUAUUUUAACAGAUAAACAGAAUGCCUCUAAAAGUUAUAGAGACUUAACGCUUAUAACCAGAGACGGUCUUGCAAUUGUGUUGGGUCAUCUUAAUCAGUUGGUACUUGAAAGGUAUCUCAGACUGAAUGAUGUUUCCCGAGGUCAACUUUUGUGGUUGUUACGUGAAAUGAUAAGGACUAGCGUAGCUAAUGUUGAUAAUCUUUGUUUAACUUUAUUGAGACAUGCGGCUGGUGGAGAUAUCUCUCAAAAAAAUCUGUUCCUAGUCGAGGCCCUCUUGGAUAUAUUUCAAGAAAAUCGGCCAUGGCUGGACAAAUUUCCUUUUUUGGUGGCAUCUAUUGUUUAUACGUAUUUACGAUUAAUAGAAGAUCACAACAGUCCUCUUCUGACCAGUCUUCGACAGAAGGAAGUAGCUUUUACAGUAUCCCUUUUAAGAGAGAGGAUAGUGGACUGUUUAGUUAUCGGAAGGGAUUUAGUGCGCUUAUUACAAAAUGUUGCAAGGAUACCAGAGUUUGAAGCACUUUGGAAAGAUAUAUUGUUAAAUCCAAAAUCUCUAUCUCCGAACUUCAGUGGAAUUCUUCAACUCUUACAAACAAGGACUUCUCGAAGGUUUCUUCAAUCCAGGCUUACUCCAGAUAUGGAAAGAAAACUAGUUUUUUUAACGAGUCAAGUUCGUUUUGGAAAUCACAAACGUUAUCAAGAUUGGUUUCAAAGACAGUACUUGGCAACACCCGAAUCACAAUCUUUGAGGUGUGAUUUAAUACGUUUUAUUGUCGGCGUUAUACACCCGACCAAUGAACUAUUAUGCUCGGAUAUAAUACCUCGGUGGGCGGUGAUAGGGUGGUUAUUCACUACUUGUACUUCUACGGUAGCUGCGAGUAACGCCAAACUAGCUUUAUUUUAUGAUUGGCUUUUCUUUGACCCAGAGAAAGAUAAUAUAAUGAAUAUCGAGCCUGCUAUUCUUGUCAUGCAUAAUUCAAUGAGAUCUCAUCCACCUGUUACUGCCACGCUAUUAGAUUUUUUAUGCAGAAUAAUACCAAACUUUUAUCCGGCACUGACAGAAAAAGUUAGAAACGGAAUAUUUUUAUCAUUGAGACAAAUUUUGGAAAAACGCGUAUUACCUAGUCUUUAUCCGCUAUUCGAUAGUCCGAAAUUGGAUAGAGAAUUAAGGAAUAAAAUUAGAGAAACUUUCAAGGAAUUUUGCUUACCACCUAACGCAGAUCUAGCAGGUAAUAAGGUUCCGAUAUAUUCAGGUAAAAUGGAAGAUCUUAAUAAGGAUCUCAAUUCAGGGUUUAUCACGGAUAAUACAACAAACACGCCAGUAGAAAACAAUCACGUGGGCCAGGAUCCGGAACCAGCAUUCAGUGACGAGGAAGAAGAAAUGCCACUAAGAAUAGUUACAAAAGUAGAAGAGGAGGAAGACGAAGAGGAUGUACCUUUGGCUACGGUCAAACUUAAGAACGAACAAAAAAAUGCAAAUUGCGUUUCUAAAAAGGAAGAUAUCACCUCUCAGUUGAAUCUUAUUUUAGAACCGGAAGAAUUGAGAACUGCCAUUGGAAGCCUACAUAGUGAGAGUGAUAAUGAAAUUAAAUGUCAAGCGAUUGAGAGAAUAGUACAAAUGGUCGUAGAAGACGAAAUAGAUGCAGAAACUGUGCCAGGUUUAGCGUCUUGUUUGUCGACGAUUCUGUCAAUUCAAAUAACAGCACAGAUAUAUCCAUCGGAUAAUUUAAACGAAGAAUCAUUGACUGAUAGUAUAAGCACGCCAUUGUUUGUUAUGUUUCGAAAUCAUUAUCAGUUGUGUAAAGAAGAAGAUAAUAGGAGAAAACUUUUAGCUAGAGUACUCGCUGAAAUGCAUUCUAUUCAACCAAGGAUAGGAUAUUUACUUUUAUAUUUUUUAAAAGUAUGGGGUAGAGAAGAAGAAAAAAGAGAAAGGGAACCAAGCAACGUGUUAAACGAUGUAAAAGCCUCCGUUUAUAAGGACUUCUGUGCGCAGAGAGAAAAAAAAUUGGACGCAUGUAUAGUCGCAGAUUUAAAAUUGUGUCACGAAGACAACAUAUCUAUGAUGUGUUACUUGGUGCCUGACAUAUACACUGGAUUUCCAAACGUGGCUCUUGGAAACGUUCAAUUAAUGCACUUGGUUGUAUCGACCAUCGAUUCGGGUCAAUUACAAGAAUUAAUUUGUCAGAUAAUGCAAGGUCAUCUUAAAAUGUUGAAGAAAGAAUCAUUCACGUCAUUAGUAACGGCAAGCUUAAAUUGGGAAACCUUCGAGCAGAUCAUUUUUUGGCAAUUAAUAUCUGCGCAUGAUUUUCCCAUUGAAUAUUUUUUGCCAGUAUUACCGAAAUUACAAUUUCGCGAUCAUUCGGAAGCAUUAACGCCGAUACUGCUCAUGCUUAAACAGGAAAAACCAACUUUGGAGCUUUUACGACAACUACUCACGCGUCAGAACGUGGAUGGUGACUUGUUCGUAGUUUCAGCGUUACGUUACUGGUGUCGCGAUUACGAAGAUAAACUUGGUGAAUUAUUAGCCAAUCUAUUAAGUACACGUUAUCCAGCAACUAGUCCAAAUAAAAGGAAACGUUCUGGAGCUAAACACAACCAACAAUCUGGACCACCGACCGGCGAACAAGUUUUAGGCCAUUUAGAUUAUUUGCGUCAGAAUUGUACAUCUUCUACGGAGUUACAAUUGUAUCACACGGAACUAAUGCAGAGAGCGUUGCAACAAGCCCAAGCUGCCGGUACCGAUUCACUAAGGAAGAAUUAUGGAGAUCUGUUCGCGUUAGCGGAAGUUAACGAAGAAAACGAACCACCUCCGCCCCCGCCUACGAGUUCCGCGAGAAAACAUGCUGCUGCUUCGGGUGGUGGCGGGGGUGGCGGUGGGGCCAAGGGGGGAAAUAGAAAAGUUGGCGUCAACACGAGGGAAAGGACGAGUUCGAAAAAACAAAUUCGGUAUCACCUAGACAGCACAUCCAGCAGUGAGGAGGAGGAAAUCGUUAAUCCAAAGCAAGCGAAAAAGAGAAAAAAAAUUAUAGUGGGCUCGGACAGCGACUGACCACCCAGUGUCUUCACGUGUCACAUGGACCACGUCAUGUGUGUGCAGCAAGAUGAAUUAGCAUUAAGAUUAGUAAGAUAAUACCGAUAUACAUAGUAGAUUUAUCUAGCGCGACUUGUACAUAUAUAUAUUCUACGUUUGAAAAUUGGAAUACGAAACGGAUAUGUGUUGUUGGUUGGUUGGCGCGAGUCUUCUUCUUCUACUAACACGUUUCGUAAUCUAAUUAAACGUAAUGGUGCCAGGCUCUCGUUAUUAUCAACGUUAAAUCUAUGGUAUGUAUGUAUGGAUGCAUGUGCGUGCGUGAAUGUACGAAUGAAUGUAUGUCGUAUGCAUGUGUGUAUGGUAUGUCUAUCUCGCGAUUAGUUUUCAAAAGUAAAAAAAAAGAAAUACUCUUAUCAUAUCGACUUAUCGGUGCAUAAAUUUAAUCGAUUAAAAAAAAAAGCAGCCAAGAGCGUGCGCGAGAAAGAGAGUGUACGUGCGAGAAAGAAAUAUAUAUAUAUAUAUAAAUGCGAUUCUAUCGUUCAUCGGUGAAAACAAAUUGAUUUUGAACCAAAAUAUUUAAGAAAAGAAACACAGGAAAAAUAAGUUUGAAAAUAUAUAUUAUUGUACAAAAUGAAAGACAAAUUCUAAAUGAAUAACUUUGACCUGGCACCAUUAUUAUUGCAAGACACAAGAAAAAUAACGGGGUAAAUAAUUGAAUUGCGAUAUUUUACUCCUGUAAGAUAAACACGUUAAAUUUGUAAUAAUUGUGUAAAAGAAAUAUCCGAGCCGCAUAGAUUUGUCUCUGCGGUGAGAGAGAGUGAGAGAGAGAGAGAGAGAAAAGUCAGUGCCGCGUGUAAGCACCCUUAUUGUGCUUUAAACAUAUUUACCAAUGAUCUUUUUUACUAAUUAUGCGAUUAUCAUUACUCCGGUCAUUACUCCCCCACCCUCACCCUACACCCAACCCACAUCCGAAGAAGAAGAAGAAGGAUGUUAUGCGACAAAAACAUUCAUAUAUAUAUUUUGUUAAUUUAGAAUUUAAUUCGCUAAUUAAUUUCAUGAAUUUAAACCAUUGACGCAACCUCAGUAAAUUAUUUUAACUGAAAAUAAUAAUAAUAGUAGUAAUAAUAAUAAUGAUAAUUAUAAUAAUUAUAAUAACAAUAAUCUUUGAUAGAGAAUCGUUUGAAAUAACAUUGUGAAUAAUGUGUCGUGUUAGAUGGGUUCAUGCGUUUAUUCUUAAGAAUAUACAUAUAUAUAUAUUUUUGUUUUUUAUUUGAUAUCACAAUCACACAUGUAUUAUCAGAUAAUUUUUUUUUUUUAUGAAUAUAUAUGUAUAUAUGAAUAUAUAUAUAAAUGCAAGUUAUACUUUUGGAUUUAUGUAAGAGAACACAAUAUUUUUGAUUGCACUAAUGUAAAUAAGUAAAAGUUGAUAUAAAAUUCAAGAUUUAUAAUGAUUUAACUUUUUCAUUGAUUUGUUUUAUUUAUUAUUUUAUCUUUGAAAAUUCUAUCAUCUUCAAAGUUCAAAUUCAAUACUUAAGAAACAAAUUGUGCGAAUUAUUUUAAUUAAUUAUUAAUAAAAAAAAAUAUCCUUUGUGUGUGUAAAUUUAUAUUCAUUUAAAAAAAAAGAAUAUUAUAUUCUUGGAAUGAACGCAUGAGCCUAAGGAAGCAUUAGGAAUUUAGGAAAAUGCUCACACAUAUACGAUAAUAAUUAUUCUUAAUAUCGCACUUGUGAUUAGUUAUAAUUUUUAAAACGAUAACUACAGUUUUAAAUCGAAUUAUUAUUUUAGUUUCAUUGUUCUCACAUUUUUCUUUUUUUUUUUCCAUUGGGAUAUCUAGAUCAUUUGAUCCAACGGUAAAUGUUUCUUUCAUUCAAUUUUUAAACACGUUUAAAAGAUUGAACUUUGAUAUUCACAACUUCUUAAAUUUUUAUAUACAUGUAUAGAUUUCUUUUCCAUUAGUAUGUCACAUAUUAAUUUCUUCAAAUAAGAGAGAGAAAGAAAGAAAGAAAGAAAAUUUUAUUUUUUAAAUUCCACAUCUUGCAUUUGAAUUUAUCAUUAAUUAUAUUCGCGGCUAUAUAGUAUAUUUAAUUUUUAUUUUUUUUUUGUUCUCUUUCGCGUAUCUCUGUAAGAUUAAACGAGUUUUAUUAUGUAAACAGUCGAGUUUUAUUAUAUAACAAUCAAUAUAUAAACAGUACACACACACGUUUAGACAAACGCAAACAAACAAAAAACACACACACACGCACGCACAUUGUUCCUGCGAAUUUUCUCAUGUCUUUCGAAUGUCUUUCGCCACAAGUUUUGGAUUUGAAAUUCUCUCGUUGAAACGAAGACCAAAUUAGAAAGAAGAAAAAAAAUAAUAAAGAUGAUAAUGAUGAUGAAGAAUUAGAUAGAAGAAGAAGAAGAAGAAGAAGAAUAAGAAGAAACAUAUUGAUAUAGGGAUUAAUUCUAACGCAUUUAGAAAAAAAAAAUAUAUAUAUAUAUAUAUAUAAAUAUGUGUAUAUAUAUGUAUAUGAAAGUGUAACAAACGGUUCUUGCUUUUAUCAAAUUUUAUACGAGUUUAAAGUAGCGUUGUUAAAACUUACUUUACACUCGAGGAUAUGUUUGUCGUAUGUACGAUUAAGAUACGAAACAAUUAUGAGCCAUUCAUUUGCCUAAUUAAUAAUUAAUUCCACGGAAGAAAAGUUUAAGGAAUAAAAAAAGAAAAAGAAAAAAACAAAAUUGUAUACGUGGGUGGGUUGAAAAGUUCUGAGCCUUAACAGAGAAAACUUUUCUUUAAAAAAAAGAAAAAGAAGUAAAAGUUAAAUUCGACACAGAAAAAGAAAAUUCUUGUCCGAUUGUUAGAAAACAAUUAUAGUAAAAAAAAUCAACUCGCUCGCUUAUUAUAAUAAUAUAUCGUAUUAUUUGUUAUUUAAACAGUUAUAUACAAAGAUUUGCGUUAUUUAGUAAUAUUUAAGCGUAUAUAUAUAAUUAUUAAAAAAAGAAAUUUAUUUUUAAUACAAAAUAGUUUAGAAGAUUAUUAAUAACCGUGUGGUUUUGAUAAUAAAAAUUGUCGACAAAAAUAUUCUUGAAAGAAAGAAAGAA